AAGACUAUGAUUUGAGUGGAUUAAAAUCUGUAUAAGUAUCUUUUCAACAACCUGUAAGAUGAAGUACAGUGGAGCUGAGUAACAGUAGUUGACCCACAUAAAAAAUGGCGCCAACAGCUGAUUUUAAGCGAAAGCCGGCUUUUAUUUACCUGCUGCACUCGUUCGCAAAUCGUCGCUGAUUACUCGGCUGUUUGAUCGAUAAUCCUGCGGAAUAACUCCAAUUGCGGAGGUGUUGAGACACCUUCCGUGUUCGCUGGGCAAUCAUAUCACGCAAUCACAUCGAGGACAUGCCAUCGCAGUGAUGACAAACUUUCUGGAUCAGUUGCCGAAGCGCAUCAGGGAAAUCGCUGAGCAGGUUAAUGUCCUGGCACCGGAGGAGGUGCUGACAACGCCGCCAGUUCGGUUCCUGGACACGCGCCAAGAAUCCCUGUACACCGUAGUGCGGCAGUGCACUCCGGAUGAUGUGAGGGUGCUCAAGGAUGCGGCGGCCAAGUGGCUGGCUGAGAUGCCUCAGACAGCCGAUUCCCUUUUCAAGCCGCUUGUCAAUGUGAGAUGGUCUCGGGUAUCCUUUGGCUGUUCCGCCCUAGAUCGUUGCACUGGAGGGGGCGUGGUCACUCGGGGAAUAACCGAACUUUGUGGAGCAGCCGGCGUUGGCAAGUCCCAGCUGCUCCUCCAGUUAUCAUUGUGCGUCCAGCUGCCCACCGAGCUGGGAGGAUUGGGCAAGGGCGUGGCCUACAUUUGCACAGAGGAUGCUUUUCCGGCCAGAAGAUUGCUGCAGAUGAGCAAGGCCUGCGAAAAGCGACAUCCCAAAGAGAAACUCAACUUUCUGGGAAACAUUUUCGUGGAACAUCAUUACGAGACCGAACCCCUCCUGAAUUGCAUUAGAAAUCGUUUGCCGCGACUGAUGCAACAACAUGGCGUUGGGCUGAUCAUUAUAGAUUCCGUGGCAGCAAUAUUCCGGCUGUACACGGAUUUUUUAGAGCGGGCCCGUCAGAUGCGUCGCCUGGCAGACGCUCUUCUCACUUAUGCGGAUAAGUACAACUGUGCAGUGGUCUGCGUCAACCAGGUGGCCGCCAGUGGAGGUCAGGAUGAGGUUCCCUGCCUGGGAUUGCAAUGGGCACACUUGGGACGAACCCGCCUGCGAGUUUCACGGGUGCCCAAGCAGCACCGAAUGGGAGAUCAGUUGAUCACGGUGCGCAAACUGGAUAUCCUCUAUUCGCCAGAGACCCCCAAUGAUUUUGCCGAGUUCCUCAUAACCGAGGAAGGCGUGGUGGAUGUUCCGGAGCCAACUCCAACCCGCCCACCUGCCAAAAUGCGUCGACUGUGAUCGAUUGAAUUUAUUCUGUAUAUUUUGUUUUCGUUUAAUUUGUUGAAUUUAAAAUGUGUAAUGGCCGAGAAAUCCAUCAGCCAUAUUAUUGUUUUAUAAUCCUAUUAAAUCUAGCGGAAAUGGCAGAAUGCAAUUAAUUUUAAAGAUCAUUGUAAACAAAUUUAAGCAACUAAGAAUUUGGUAUUUCAAAGACUUUGUAUCGGUUUCUAUUUAAUUUUGGUUGAAAUAAGUCAUAAAAAAAAAUUUGAAACAUGGACUUAAGUUUAUUAUUUUGAAAAUGUAGUUAUAAGAUCCAAAUAAAAUUAAAAUUCUUACAAUUCCGCUAAAUUUAAUCAGAAUUUAAACUGUUUUCCGGGCUAUAUCAUCUCAUUUGUAGCCUUAGUUUCAUUUUUUGUACAAACACUCAAUAAAUAUGUUUCAUUCAAUUGCAAUUUACAGGGUAGCAGAGCUUACAGGCCUACAUAUUAUAUAGUUCAUAGUUCAAGUAGUAAAAUCAAUUUUGUAAUCGCCUCGUAUACAUUAUCACAUGAAAUUCUCGAAAGUUCAGAUUACAAUUUGCCAUGGUUUACGCGGACAUUUAAAUGCGACAUUUACAAAAGCUUAGCCUUAGCGUUUAAGUAUAUUAAAUAAAUUAAAUACAAGCCUAAAGGUGAA